CAACAGAGGGCGUCUCUCCUGCAGACUGGAGCUGACACCUUGUGGACGCUCAGCGCUCCGGGUGUGAGGAGGGCGCAGCUGGUCCGGCGACUUCUGACACUUCAGCACAGCCAGAGGACGAGGUGGAGAGACCGGCGCUGUUUGGCAAGAUCUACAGUAUCAACCGGGUUGGACUUGUGUGUGAUGGGAGAAAGAUUUCUUAGCCAUUCAAGAUCGCAAGGUAAUCAGUAGCCUUAAAUGAAGACAUCGGGAAUGGCUGUAUUCAAGCAACAAAAAGUGGAGGAGUUUUAUGAAAUCGGCGAAGAGCUUGGAAGCGGCCAGUUCGCCAUCGUGAGGCGCUGCAGGGAGAAGAGCACGGGGCAGGAGUACGCGGCCAAGUUCAUCAAGAAGCGGCAGAGCCGGGCCAGCCGGCGCGGGGUGAGGCGCGAGGAGAUCGAGCGGGAGGUCGGCAUCCUCCAGCACCUCCAGCACCCCAACAUCGUGACCCUGCACGACGUGUUCGAGAACCGCACCGACGUGGUGCUCAUCCUGGAGCUGGUAUCUGGAGGAGAGCUGUUUGACUUUCUGGCACAGAAGGAGUCUCUAAGUGAAGAAGAGGCAACACAGUUUAUAAAACAGAUUCUUGAUGGAGUCCACUAUCUCCACACCAGAAAAAUCGCACACUUUGAUCUUAAGCCUGAAAACAUUAUGCUGCUGGACAAAAACGUUCCUUUACCACGAAUCAAAUUGAUAGACUUUGGCCUUGCUCACAAAAUUGAAGAUGGAGUGGAGUUUAAAAACAUUUUCGGAACUCCAGAAUUUGUUGCUCCAGAGAUAGUCAACUAUGAGCCUUUGGGACUAGCCGCAGAUAUGUGGAGUAUUGGGGUCAUCACCUACAUUCUGUUGAGCGGGGCUUCGCCUUUCCUUGGUGAAUCGAAACAAGAGACCUUGGCGAAUAUCUCAGCAAUGAACUAUGAUUUUGAUGAAGAGUUUUUCAGUCGCACCAGUGAGCUGGCUAAAAGUUUCAUUAGGCAGUUACUAGAGAAAGACACUAGGAAAAGACUGACCAUUCAAGAAACUUUGAAUCAUCCUUGGAUCAAGCCAUUAAACCCAAAGCAAGCACUGGUGCGAAGACAAUCUGUUAUUAACCUUGAGAACUUCAGGAAACAGUAUGCGAUAAGGAGAUGGAAGUUUUCCUUCAGGAUUGUCACACUCUGUAACCACCUAACUCGGAUGAUGAAGAAGGCUUGUCCUAAGCCCCAGGAUGAUUUGAGAGACUGUGAGAGCGACCAGGAGGAUGAGCCCACCAGGAGAAGAGCUGUCAGAAACAGGAAGAGAAGCAGUACAUCCUGAGGAUCUCCAUUGUGGCCUUCAUGACUGUAUACUUGGUGGGGUCUUGGAGAUAAAAGGUCAUGUUGGAAAGAGUGUUGGACAAGAUCAUCUGAGCCUUUAGCUGUCAGGAGGAGCUUUCAGUGCCAAUGAGGAAAAAUGUUUUUUAGAAAAAAAAACAAUAAUGCAGCUGGUAUUCAUGCAUACUGCCUAAUUACUGAGCAAUAAAAGAGCUCAGUACAGAAAUGUUAUACUUUGGAAAACCAAGAAAAGCAACAAUGAAUGGCAUUAAAAAAGAAAAGACUUUGGACAAGGUUUCCAUACUCCUGUUUUUUGGAGUACUGUACCUCAAACACAAGUGGGAACAAAAAAGAACAAGGCGUGUCUUGAGUCCAGUAAAUAUGCAGUUUAUAUCCAUGUACAAUUCAUACAAAUAUGGUUAACUGGGAUGCAAAGGGGCCUCACUUGUAUGAUACUUUUUAUUCAUGCCUAGCAAUAUUAUGUUAAUAGUUUAAAACAAGUUUUAGCCUGGAACUUCAUUUGUGAAAUGGCAAAGGAGAUUUGACAGCAUGAUGAAACAUCAUUGUCCCAUAGGGUCUGAGCAGAAGAGUGAUUGACUAUUAACACACCUGGGGGCACAUUCAGCUGCUCCCCAGCUUUUCAGGGAUUUCGUUUCUUUGGUAUGUGGCAUUAUCCCCCAGCAACUUGUGUGGGGGCCUUUUAUUUUACCAGUUGUUGACACUCCAACUGGAUUAAAAUGCAGAAGAUCUUAAUCUAUUUUCUCACAUUCCAGAGUUUCCCCUUUAGAAAAUGUGGAAAGCCUGUAUUUAAACUAUGGAAAGAGAACAGAAAACAAUGUAUCUGAAAGUAUCAGUAGUUUUCCCCUAGUAUGUCCUGGUAGUCAUCUGUUAAGCUUGAAACGGGGUCAGUACACAAGUAGAAUACUGUUCUUACUCAUGAAAGAUCACAUGUCCACUUGAAAAGAGUUCAUAUACUGUACAUGUGAAGACAACACGUGAAAAUUUGAAAAUGAAAGUCAGCAUUCAAAUUUACAGUACAGAACUAAUCAGAGUUUACAUUGAAUACACUGGUUACUUUGUGGGAACUGUAUUUUUAAGCGUAUUUUUUCUGUACUGAGCAGAAUUGAGUAGUGCUCAUUUUGAUUCUGUGAGAAAAAACAAUGCCUUUUCUAACUAGUGGGAAGGAUCGGAGGACACAUGGGCCUCUUCCUCUGUUAUUUUCAUUAUCAAGACACAUUUUUCACAACUGAAAGUUGAAAUAUGUGGAUACAAAUGACUGGGCUUGAAAAACAGGAAAACGAAAAGCAUCAACAGAGUUUUUUAAACCUCUUCCCCUCCAUCAUUUCAGUGUUUAAAAAUAGCACAAGUGAGUAAUUUAAAUAUGAAAGGAUAAGGAUGUGUACUGUAACAUAUGUAUACCCUCAGCAAAGUGAUCUGAGUUAAAUGAUUUAAGCCUGUGGAUGUAUAAAAACUGAGAUCAAAGGAAGUAAGUGGAUUUAUGUCCUAAUACAGAAAUGCAUAUUUGUAUGAAUUUAGUUUUUUGCCCUGCUGCUGUGCUUCCUAAACAGGGGUGCGUAGUUUGUUUUAUUUGUGCAUUGCUCACUUGAUUACAAGGAUAUUGGACAAAAUCACUGUCUGCCCCCCACGCAACAGAAAAGCCCCCUGUCCAGCUGAGUUCCUAAGCCACCAAACCCAAGCUGUUGAGAAUGUUGGUGUAGCUUCAUUAUCAUCUGCCUGAUGUGGAAAAUACAGAGCAAUCUGAAUGGUCAUUCAGGGCUUUCCCACCUGCCAGGCCACAACAACAGAGAGGCGGUAGACACUGGGAUACCUGAUGACUGCCCCAGCAAACUCAUGUGACGGCAGUGGCCCAUGGAAGGAAAUCACCCCCAGCUAAUUUCCACUUCCUGACCCCAGUGAGAAGGACUUGCAUUCCUGCUAUAAUACUACAGUAUGUGUGUGGUUCCCCUGAAACUGCUGGGUGCUGCUCUGGUUUACAGCCAAACGAAACCAGUUCUGUUUCUUUUUAGAAUGCAGUCUUGUUCUUUGUCUGUUUUAGUAAAACAUUUCUUAAUUAAAAUCUUGUUAUAAUCUGCAAAUGGGGACACAAUUGUGAAAGUAUUAAAUAUUGUCUAAAUACUGCCUACAUUUCUUUCUUUGUCUAAGCCAGGGAGUACUUACUGUUCUGCCACCAGAAUAAAAUAUUUAGCUUUUCGAAGUGGUUAUAAUUAAAUUAAAGUUUUUCACAGACCUCGUUCACGUAAACUAUGAAACAGAACUGAAACUUGUGGGUUUUCUUAAGCACUUCCUUUGCAAUUUAUUUUUUGUAAUUUUAAUCUUGUUUAUAAAUUCUUAUUAAUAUUCUGUCAGACACUUAGUUAAGAAAUGUCCCAAUACAAACAGUACAUUCAUGAAGAAAGAAAUGAAGAAUCUACUAUGUAAAGAACAAUACUGUAGUAAGGUCUGUUUUCAUAACAUAAUGGUUUACAUUUAAUUUGUAUUUAUUCCUUUUAGUGUAUGGUACCACUGUGCCUGUACAACAGUGUCUUAAUGUGGAUUGUAUUUUACACUGUGUUUAUAAAACUGUGCCAUUCAUUCAGUUGUUGGGUGUGUAAGAUGAAAAACACAAUAUCCUAGUUUGUGUUUACGGGAAACAUUAUUUUUGCUCAGAGAAGACAAUUGUGCAUAACCAGCUACAGUACUAACAGUUCAUAGAUUAUUAUAAUUGCUGGAGUAGAGAUGAAAUUUGCAUGUUUUUUAAAUGGAAAACCAAACCUGUGAGUGAAAAAUUAAAUGCAUCAGUUGCUGAAACAAAAAUGGUUCAGGAGUAGUUACUUUUGUAACAUUAAUCAGGUUUAGUCAUUUCCGAGAAUAAUGGUGCUAUCAAGAGCCUCAAGUUUAAGUAGUGCCCCACUGUAAUAAUUCUCUAAUCAUGUUGUGUUAUUGAAUAUUCCCAUUUCAGUAAAGUAGUUCAUGCAUUUUAAGUAAGGUAAGGAUGUUACAGCACCAGAUUAUGACACUCCAGUUUGUGGAUCAUCCUUUGGAAAUGUUGAUAUGCAUUUAUACAGGUGAAUAGGUUGGGUAACCAGUGUCAAGUAACUUGCUGAAGAAAUAAAGAAAACUGUAAGCAUGAUAACUUGAAUCCAGGAAUGUGAAUACCCUGGUAUGAAGCACAAAGCAAUUAUCCACAUUCUCAUUAUGGUGAGAAAGGUUUGAAACUGCAUAGUACCAGUCUUGGUACAAAUUUCCCUGUAUAGUACAGACCAGAGGACUGCAAAAACAACAUGAGUGCAUGGCGGUUUUUAAUGUGAUUGUUUUAGGCUAAUGAAAAUUAAUGUAAUAAUGUAACCGUACCGACAUUUAACUGUAUUGUGUUUGAAUUAACUCUUUAUGCAGAAUUUAAGUGAGAAUAAUACAUAUUACAGUGUAAUGCUCCAUUUUGAGCAUACAGUAUAAACGAGCAGAGAAUGACCUUGUAUCAGAUAACCACAAAAGUAGUUUGUUUUGGUUUUUUUCUAAGACAUCCCAUAUUUUUUUUAGCAAUGUUUUUCUUUCCUUUUGUUUAACCUCGUCUUCUGCCGGAGUUUGCUUUCCAUACCUUUUAAAGACUGUUCUAAUUGGUGACAGGCUGUGACAGGCUAACGGGUGAGUUAAAGGUGGUUGUGUGGCUGUGUGCUAGUGGCUCUGAAAUUGAAACGGGGUGUUCAGAGGUUUCAAAUGACCUGAAGGCAAUAAAGAAUUAAAAGGGGAUAAUUGA